AAUUUGUCUUUAUUUAUUAAGGCAGCUGAGAAUGGAGCAACAGGUGUGGAAAUUGACAUUGAAUUCACUGCUGAUGGCAUUCCUAUCCUGAUGCAUGACAGCACAGUAGACAGGACCACGGAUGGAUCCGGAAGUUUACGUGAUUUGACAUUUGCUGAGAUUAGAAAAUUUAAUCCAGCUGCUAAACAUAGAUUAUGGAGGGAUUAUCGUGGGAUAAAAAUACCAACAUUGGAAGAAGCUGUUUUGGAAAGUAUACGUUACAACCUCAUAAUCUAUUUUGAUGUGAAGGGCCACGCUGAUCAGGCAGUUGCAGCCCUAAAACACCUCUACCAGGAAUAUCCUCAACUAUAUAACACUAGCGUCGUUUGCUCUUUUAUGCCAGAUGUUGUCUAUAAGAUGAGGAAAGCUGACAGGAAUGUUAUCACUGCUCUUACUCACAGACCGUGGAGCAUUAGUCACUUUGGAGAUGGAAGGCCUCGGUUUGUGUCCUAUUGGAGACAUUACCUGACAAUGGCCUUGGAUGUUAUUGUAGACUGGAGCAUGCACAAUUUCCUGUGGCACCUGUGUGGAGUUUCAGUUUUUCUGGUUCAGAAAAAUUAUGUUUCACAGGAUUAUGUGCAUCAGUGGUCAUCUAAAGGAGUUCAAGUUGUUGCUUGGACAGUCAACACAUUUGCUGAAAAAAUGUACUAUGAAAAUGUUCUCCAGACCAGUUACAUUACUGACAGUUUACUAGAGGACUGUGACCCUCACUAUUAAAUUUAGCUUUAUAUGGA